UUAUCUAUGACUUCUUAUGUAUGCUCUACCCCUUCCCAAUACAAAUAGCAGGUCUGUGAGUCUUUGUAUUAUCUAUGACUUCUUAUGCAUGCUCUACCCCUUCCCAAUACAAAUAGCAGGUCUGUAAAUCUUUGUAUUAUCUAUGACUUCUUAUGUAUGCUCUACCCCUUCCCAAUACAAAUAGCAGGUAUGUGAGUCUUUGUAUUAUCUAUGACUUCUUAUGCAUGCUCUACCCCUUCCCAAUACAAAUAGCAGGUAUGUGAGUCUUUGUAUUAUCUAUGAAUUCUUAUGCAUGCUCUACCCCUUCCCAAUACAAAUAGCAGGUAUGUGAGUCUUUGUAUUAUCUAUGACUUCUUAUGUAUGCUCUACCCCUUCCCAAUACAAAUAGCAGGUAUGUGAGUCUUUGUAUUAUCUAUGACUUCUUAUGCAUGCUCUACCCCUUCCCAAUACAAAUAGCAGGUCUGUGAGUCUUUGUAUUAUCUAUGAAUUCUUAUGCAUGCUCUACCCCUUCCCAAUACAAAUAGCAGGUCUGUGAGUCUUUGUAUUAUCUAUGACUUCUUAUGCAUGCUCUACCCCUUCCCAAUACAAAUAGCAGAACACCAUGAUGUCAGCAGUUUACUGGAGCUUGCCCGUGAGUACCAGAUUCCCAAACUAACAGCCCGCUGCGAAGAAAGAUUACUGCAAAAGCAGAGCUCUGUGGACCUAAUCUUACUUGCACAGGAGUUCAACCUUACGAAACUCCUUGACAAAUGCUUGGUGUCACUGAGUCGUAUGCAGUUGCAUGACCUGAAAGGUCAACCGAAAUUCGACGACAUCGACUCCAGCAAUCUCAUUGUACUCCUAAAUAAUAACAUCCGCUGGCUAAAGGAACAGCAGGCUCGGGAAUGUCGACAGCUGAAGGACCAGCAUAACCGCGAGAAGGCAACCCUCCUGGAGACUGUGAACGAACUGAAUGAAUGCUGGGGCUACAACAAGCUGCCAAUCAGGGGCUGCGCAUGCCCAUCGUACACCAAGUCAUGUGACACAUGCAACACAGUGCUAGAAAAGUACGUCAAGACAAAAUGCGCAGAACUUAUAGAAAAACUGAGCGCCGAUUCCUGAUGACAUGAUGUUCAGAGCUUAUAGAGAAACUAAGCGCCGAUUCUUGAUGACAUAAAGUGCAGAACUUAUAGAAAAACUGAGCGCCGAUUCCUGAUGCCAUAAUGUUCAGAGCUUAUAGAGAAACUGAGCGCUGAUUCGUGAUGACAUUAUAUACAGAGCUUAUAGAGAAACUGAGCGCUGAUUUCUGAUGACAUUAUAUACAGAGCUUAUAGAAAAACUGAGCGCCGAUUCCUGAUGCCAUAAUGUUCAGAGCUUAUAGAGAAACUGAGCGCUGAUUCCUGAUGACAUUAUAUACACAGAGCUUAUAGAGAAACUGAGCGCUGAUUCGUGAUGACAUUAUAUACAGAGCUUAUAGAGAAACUGAGCGCUGAUUUCUGAUGACAUUAUAUACAGAGCUUAUAGAGAAACUGAGCGCUGAUUCGUGAUGCCAUAAUGUUCAGAGCUUAUAGAGAAACUGAGCGCUGAUUCGUGAUGACAUUAUAUACAGAGCUUAUAGAGAAACUGAGCGCUGAUUCGUGAUGCCAUAAUGUUCAGAGCUUAUAGAAAAACUGAGCGCUGAUUCGUGAUGACAUUAUAUACAGAGCUUAUAGAGAAACUGAGCGCCGAUUCCUGAUGCCAUAAUGUUCAGAGCUUAUAGAGAAACUGAGCGCUGAUUCGUGAUGACAUUAUAUACAGAGCUUAUAGAGAAACUGAGCGCUGAUUCUUGAUGACAUAAUGUGCAGAACUUAUAGAAAAACUGAGCGCCGAUUCCUGAUGCCAUAAUGUUCAGAGCUUAUAGAGAAACUGAGCGCUGAUUCGUGAUAACAUUAUAUACACAGAGCUUAUAGAGAAACUGAGCGCUGAUUCCUGAUGGCAUAAUGUGCAGAGCUUAUAGAGAAACUGAGCGCUGAUUUCUGAUGACAUUAUCUACAGAGCUUAUAGAGAAACUGAGCGCUGAUUUCUGAUGACAUUAUCUACAGAGCUAGAGAAACUUAGCGCUGGUUCCUGACGACAAUUUACGCAAACAGUAAUAUGUGAUAAAUCGUGCAAAAAAUUUUUGAUGAGUUUUUAAUAUAAUGCUUGAAAAAAACCUUGGCUAAUUACCUAUCAACUCGGCUAAUUGUCUUGCACCUUGGCUAUUUACCUGUUAGGGGGCGUUGCCACAUUUUCGGACUAAAGACCCUCCCAUGCUUUAGGACAGAGCUGUUAUACACCUAAAAACUUGGAUCUAAAUAAAAAAAAAAGGCGCCAA